CACAGACAGUGUGAACAAGAAGAAACCUAGAAAGCUUUUUUUGCCCAAAACUAACUGCUAUUAUUCCCCAAAACUUUUCCCUCCAAAUUUUCCCUCCACUUACCAAAAACCCUACUCUCUCUCUCUCUCUCUUUGAUGAAAAGGCCUUACUUUGUCUCUCUCUAGGAAUAUUUUUGCUCUCUUCUGCUUAUAUUUGAUCCCCAUCUCCUUCUUCUUCUUCGUUUUCCCCUUUGAAAUUUUCACUGCUUUGAUUUAGGGUUUCAAGCGAUUUUGUUCUGCCGAUGAGUUGCAAUGGGUUCUCUUUGGGACGCCGAUUAUGAAAUUGGGCCGAUGAAGACCGAUCCUGGCCACACCCAGCCCCUUGAUACUCAGAUUUUAACUCCUCCCCUUUCUGAUGAAAAGGCCAAAGGAGGGGAUGCUGAUGAGUGUAUGCAAGACACUGAGCCGUUUGAUGAUACCGUUCCGGUUGAAGAUGCAUUUGAUACCCAAGUGGUGUGUCUUGCCGGCGAAACCCAAGUGAUGGAUCUUGGCGGUGAAACCCAGCUGUUGGAUGAUUUCGACUGCAUUGGGGACAUGGAGACGCAGUUACUGGAUUUGGAUGAUCGGGUUGUCAGUGACAGUGAAGGGGAAGACUCGGAUGCAACUCAAGUUUUAGAUGUUGAUGACGAUGCCUCGGAGGAGGUGUCAGUAACAAGAGGUGACGGUCAGUUAGCGGACGAGGAGAAAGCUCACUGCGCUGGUAUUUGCCAAGAUAGCGAGAAGAGGCUGAUGCAGCAAGCUAGUCAUUUGGUCAAUGAACAACGUAAUGCAGGAUAUAUGCGUAUGCAUUUCACUUCAGUUCGUGCAGCAUCUUUGCGGGCCUCUGGUCUAGCGGCUCGGAACAACAGUGGGUCUCGUUCUGUUCCAUGCGGUAAUCAUUCUUUGGAGCAACUUGCAACCAUAGGUGGAACAGAAGUCGAUCAGGAAAAUGAUAUGGGGAGAAAUGAUGAUACAAUUAAGAGUUCAAGGGUUGGUAGUUCAACAGUGAGAAAACUUUUUACUGACGAUCCAGAUGGUGAAAAUGAGGGAUUUCCUCAUGACAGUAAUAGUUUUGAAGAAGGAGAAGACUUGCUUCAGUUGCCUUCUUGUGAUUUGGCUGGACUAAGCUAUGCUGAUUCUCAAGAACCUGGAGAGUUAUCACAGGCUAAUGCUCUGAAUUUUGUGGAUAAGUUUCUCCAAGAUAAUGCUGAGGAGUUUGAUAAAGAAGGUGAUCGCAGAAAGAGUUCUAAGAAAAAUUCAAAAGUAGUCUCAAGUGCAAAAGGGCCACAAACAUUGGCGAAGAAAGUCAAUGAUAUAAGCUUAGUUACAGAUGCAGGCAUUUAUGAGUGGGAUGAUAAUCGUGAGGAUGAAGGAGGUGGUGAAUUGUUUCGCCGAAAAAGAACAGACUUCUUUAGCGGUGGAAGUCAUGGGUCAAAAUCUGUUCCCCAACCUCGGAAGGCGAAAAGGAACAGAACGGAUGAGCUGAAUGAUAACAAACGGAAAUUGCAGGGAAAGAACAAGAAAAUUGGUGUAGUUCAUUCUGAUUCCAAAUUGUUGGUGCGGGAUUCAAAAGCCCAUGAGAAGAUGGAAAGAGAAGACGAAAUGAGACACAAAAGGAACCUCACCAGUGAGUUUGACGAACAGUUUAAUAUCUGCUCCACUAGAGGACAGUUGGAUGUUCAUGAUAAGACCCAGGUGCCUGAAAUGCUAAAUGUAGGUUUUGAUACUCAAAUAGCUGCUGAAGCUAUGGAAGCCUUAUUCAACGGUGAAGGAAUUUCCAAUUGUGAGGCCAAUGAUGCUAUUCACAGAAACUCACCUGAAGGUUCAAUGGGAGAAAAGACGAAGAAUAUAAGUGUGAAGAAACCCCCUUCUCGAAAAAGAGCACGCCUUUCUGAUGCAGGGGUUGAUUCUCGAGAAUCCCAACAAGCCAAGAAAACAAGGAGGGUUGAUCCCUACUCAAGUAAAGAUUCCUUGACAGCACCUCCGGAAAAUUCUAAGAAUGCCAGGAAGCCGCAUGAAACUGCAUUGGUGAUAACAAAAUCAAAGAAGCCCAAGUCACAUGCUGCAAAACACGAUAGUAUCAGUCAGAGGAGAAUCUUGGAGAGAGUACCUUCUGUUUCCAUUGACCAAAGAACAGAAAGAUCCAAGAAACAGAAUUUACAACAUGGUGGUACCUCUACACCCAUUGCACGUCGAACUAGGCAAUCUAUGCUGGUGAAUCAGUUCAAUAUAGCUGAUAAUGCAUCCACUGAUUGUGGAGAGGAGUCUAGCCAUGUGACGGAGGAUGCUGCUGGUGUUCAUAUGGAUGAAGAGUUGAGUGCAAAAUCUUCAAAACAGGGUCCCAAUGAAGCUAGCAGGGUUGGAAAGACGAAGCAAAACCAAUACGAGCAUGCAGAUGUUAAUUUCAGAGCUGAUGGUAAUGGGGUCAAAUUGGAUGGAUUAAGCUUUCCUAGAAGACGAAGAUCUCAGCGAAAUUUGUCCGGCAAGGUUUAUGGGCCUGAUGACUUAGAUGAUCCAUCUGAGCCAUCUAUUCAGCCAGAGAAAUUUGGAAAAUGUGGCACUAGGCACAAAAGGCCACAGGAUGCUAGAGGCACUACUAUUGAUAAAACGUUUAAAAGGGAAACGCGAUCUUCCACAUGUGGAUCUCUUGGAAAUAAGAAUUUGGAAGGAAAUUUUGCACAGAAAAAUUUAGACAAAGGAGGUUCUGGUGGUGCUCCCCUUCAUUGUAAUUCUUCUCAUAAAACUGUGGAGAAGACUGUUAGGGCCCCUGACAGGUUGAGUGAUGCAAGUGCCUCUUCUGUUAGAAUGAGGGAUAAAUCCCCACGUCAGAAAGCUGUCUGUCAACAAUCUGAUGCAGCAUGUACUACUCCGGUUAACCACAAUAAGGUGGCUGUCAAUGAUGUAUCUCCUGUUUGUAUGGGUAAUGAAUAUUUCAAACAGUCAUGCAAGAGGAGCCUAUCAAGGCCGAGCCUUUUGAAAGAACUCCGUGACUUGAGUCCACUUGAGCCUGAACCAAUUUCAACCUCAAAGGAUUUAAGGAGGAGGAGGGACAUGACUGAUGUUCGAGUGCUAUAUAGUCACCACUUAGAUGAGGACAUAAUUAAGCAGCAGAAGAAGGUUUUGGGCCGACUAGGAGUUUCUGUUGCAUCCUCGAUGACAGAUGCCACACACUUCAUAGCAGAUCACUUUGUGCGAACAAGGAAUAUGUUAGAAGCUAUAGCUUCUGGAAAACCAGUGGUGACACAUUUAUGGCUAGAGAGCUGUGGACAAGCUAAUUGUUUCAUUGACGAGAAAAAUUACAUACUAAGGGAUACUAAAAAGGAGAAGCAAUUUGGCUUUAGCAUGCCAGCUUCGUUGGCAUGUGCCUGCCAACAUCCACUUUUAAAGGAUCGGAAAGUCUUUAUCACCCCAAAUACAAAGCCUGGUAAAGAAAUAAUUUCGAGUCUGGUCAAAGCAGUCAAUGGCCAGGCAGUGGAGAGAAUUGGCAGAUCUGCUUUGAAGGCUGAUCAGAUUCCAGAUGAUCUGUUGGUUCUAUCUUGCGAAGAAGAUUAUGAAAUUUGUGUGCCUUUACUUGAAAAAGGAGCUGCAGUUUACAGCUCAGAGCUGGUUUUGAAUGGGAUUGUUACUCAGAAGCUGGAAUUUGAAAGACAUCGCAUUUUCACUGAUCAAGUUAAGAAAACCCGGUCUACCAUAUGGUUGAGGAAAGAUGGCAAUAAGUUCCAGCCUGUGUCCAAAAAUAAAUAAGGUUUUCCACUAUUUAUUCAUCUCCUCAGACUUUCCAGUUUCUCCUUAGUCAGUCAUUUUUGUUAGGUAUGAGGUUGGGUCUGCAUGAGUUUUCUUUGUAUUUCCAUGUAAAAAAUUAUUUAUGCUGUAUAUAACUGAAAAUGUGUAAUUUUCUCUUUUCCUUGUACUCCCAUAUUGGGGCUAUGUAGCUAGCGUAUGAUGGAUGCGAACAUAUACUGGAGUGUACAUUAGUUAUUAGUUGUUCUAUCCGUCAAUAAGAGUUCCGAAAGAGAUGACCAAGUUA